CUCUCAUAACUGUCAUUUAACAUAAACUGGAAAGAACAGGGAAAACAUCAAAUCUCUUUGACUCGUAAACGCGUUGAGUUGACUCAUGGCAUACGCUACUGGUUCAGCCGUUGCUUCCGUCGCGAAGAAGAAGAAGACUGCAGGCGCUAAGAAGCCGAAAUCGGUUUCUUCACAUCCUCCAUUUAUUGAUAUGAUUUCGGAUGCGAUCGUUACGUUGAAAGAGAGGACAGGAUCGAGCCAAUAUGCGAUCACGAAAUUCAUCGAAGAAAAGUAUAAGCAAUUGCCGUCGAAUUUUCGAAAGCUUUUACUUGUUCAGAUGAGGAAGUUUGUUGCUUCUGGAAAGCUCGUCAAAGUGAAAGCCUCAUUCAAGCUCCCUCCGGCUUCCACCGUAGCUAAGAAACCUGCCCCCGCGAAGCCGAAGAUAGCUAAAACCGUAGCAAAACCGAAGGUGAAAUCAAAAGUUACAACGCCUGUGAAGGCAAAGGCAAAAGUCGCGGUGAAAGCCAAGGCUACAAGCAAGGCUAAAGCUAAACCAGCGGCCAAGCCAACUAAGGCGGCAAAGACGGCCAAGAAGAGUUCGCCAGGGAAGAAAGUAAAGGCUCCAGCAAAGAAGGCGGUUGCGAAGAAGCCGAAGAGGGUGAAAUCGCCGGCUAAGAAAUCGGCGCCAAAGAAAGCAAAGAAGUGAAAAGGAUGGAAUGUUUGUUUGUUGUAGGCGGUUCUUUCUUGCAGAGGAGCGGAGGGUGUAAAUUUGAGGGUAAAAUAAGGGUAGUACGGGGAUUCCAUAUUGUUAUAAUUAAUUUUUAUUAAUUGUAAAACAAGUUAUGGUUUUAUUUUUA